AUGUCUGCAUUCCCUAUGUUCUACACUCUUAACACUUCUACCUUCCCUGGGCUUUCCACCCCUUUCCCUGCUGAGCAGGUAACAUUACCCCUUUCGGAAGUUCCCCUGAGUCACCAAAAAUCUGCCGACCUCCCUGCGCAGGACGCAAUGUCCCAAGAUGAAUUGCUUGCAAUGGUUACUAGUCUCUUAUCUACGUCUGUGCCUGGUGCACAUUCUUCACCGGUCGACCACCCUAUUUCCUUCGAGGAGUCACCUUCACAAUUCACGGCAGCCAUUCGCACGAAACUCCACCCUCGGGUAGCUCAUGCCUGCGAUCACUGCAGGCGUCGUAAAACGAAGUGCUCUGGGGACCAGCCUGUGUGUGACAGCUGCAAGAAGAAGGGCAGGGCGUGCCAGUGGACACCUAUCAAAACUACUAAAGAACGACGAAGUCGGAAACCCUACGACGUCGUGGAAUACAGACCACGACCAAGUGCACCUGCACCAACUGCGCCGUACAUUGCAGCGCCUAGGCCAAUGUAUCCGAGUGUUAUGCUUCCGAAUCCAAUGACCCUUUGGUCUACCCAAGAUCUUAUGUCUGCCUCGCAGGCAACUACUAUGGCGAAUAUACCCAUGGUCAAGCCUGUGGUACAAGCGCAUACUGGUUGGAGUGCUCCUGUGCAGUAUGACUGGCAAGAUUUAAAUGUCGACAUUCAAUGGAUAGAAUCACCUCCUUCCUCGUGCCCUUCACUGGCGAGCAGUGUCUCAUCUUGCGAAUCAUCGCCUCCACGCACGCCUGUUAAUGUGGAGGAGGCUCUUGUCUCGGCUAGUCCUUUAUUUGUGGAGGAGGCGCUACCAAAUUUCGACGAUACGGACGCUUUCUUCCGCGAGCUAUUUGGAAGUCUACCAUCCGAGUGGUCGCCGCUGUUAGACACCGGCUCGUGGAGCCUUUAGGUCAGUAAGCGCCGCCACCACGAUGUUCUUUCCUUUGGCGCUGGUCGUCGAACGGAAUUUAUUGUCAGUGGGUUUGCAGUAUGGACGCUUUUGCGACACCUGUAGGCCUGUGUAGUGAUGUAUUCUUAGCGUAGCGAAAAUAACACAUCC